AUGACUUCGAGUCCAUCCUUGGGCACCCAUCAUGAUCGCAGUGACAGGGAGCCGCUGCAGCAAAGCCAAUAUUUUCCAGCUCGCGAACCUGGUGGCAAGGUACCAUACGUUGGAGAUUCUUCGAAUCUCAACUACUUGAUCCAACAAUUUGGAAAUCCCUUUGAGGGAACGUCCGAUGCGCCCCCACUCCAAGACCGUCUCCAAGGCGCCAUGCUGGCCCGGAUGGGCAGCUCUACGGCCCAAGAAAUUGAGAGAUUCCACGCAUCUACUAAAGAAAACCUUGUAAAUCAAGGAGCAUUUGAUCUACCAUCACAGGAGACUAGCAAAGCUCUUCUCGAUGCUUACUUUAAUUACUCACUUGCUGCGCUACCCAUUCUAGAUAAGUCAAGGUUUCUUGUCAGCCUCACAGAUGGUACCUUUUCGCACUUACUAUUGAACGCAGUCUACAUCGCGGCCACCACUUACUGUGCGGACUCUGUGAUUGCUGAUGGUGGAUUUGCGUCCAGAUACUCAGCGAGCCUCACUUUUUACCGGCGAGCAAAAUUGCUUUAUGAUGCUGGAUAUGAAACCGAUGCGAUCAAAAUGAUACAGGCCACAUUCCUCAUGUGCCAUUGGUGGAGUGGACUUCUAGAGCACAAAGACCCUUGGUACUGGCUUGGUAUCUCUGCAGGGAUAGCACAGGCUUUGGGAAUGAAUCAAGCGAAAUCAUAUCUUCACCUUGAAGAAAAAGAUCGCAAAAUAUGGCGAAGGCUGUGGUGGAUGGUUUAUGCCAUGGACAUUAACUUGUCUAUGCUUCUCGAUCGCCCACCUCAUGUACAAGGGAGACUUUGCAAUGUUGACACUCUCUCAGAGACAGACUUCGAAGGGCUUGAUGAGAAUAUUGAGUCAGAAAAGGUUGGCCAAACUCUUAGUGAGGCAAAUAUGUUUGCAGUGAAUGCUGUUCAGCUGGCUCGCACAGUGGAUCGAUAUUUCACUAUCAAACUUGACCAAGGUACUGGACACUCUCAGGACAUUUGUUUAGAACAGAUUUCGUUGUGGUGGUCAUCACUUUCGCCGACAUUCCGAUCAUUGUCAACGAAGAGUAGCACAUGGGCAGUCUUAACUGAGAUCUUAUACCAGGAAUACCGGCUACUUUUGCAUCGGAGCAAUCCAAGAUUUUCUCAGAACAUAGGAUCAGAUACUCCGACGUUUGAGAUAUGUACAGCGAUAUCACACUUGCUGGAAAUCAUUAUGACGAAUGAUUUAGUAUACGCCGCUGCAGCCAGCAUAAUCGCCCCCGUGCUGUCGGUGCUCUCGAUUUACAUAGCCAAUAUUCAUCGAGGGGAUAGCGGUAUCCGGCUCAUUUCAGAGCAUCGCGCUCAUUUCUGUAUGGCGAUACUUGACAAGUUGCAAGAUAGAUUGCCGGUGGUUGGCGCCUUCUUUCCGAUCUAUGAGGCCCUUCUCAGCCGGAAGAGAGGGCGAGAUUCUUCGAAGGACCUACCAACAGGAUCCCCGAUACUACAUAGCCGUCCCCAAGCUGAGACUCGCAGCAGUCUUGCUAAUCUUGGACCAGCUGGAGGCUUGUUUGACCAAAUUCUGCAGGACAACACGAACGCAUCGUUCUCCUUUUCACUUCCUUUCGGCAGCCUAUUUGAAGAUAUCUUUAUGGGCUCACCUUCUCAGCCUACAUCUUUCAAUGAAGAUGAAACGUCUUGUUCUUAUAAAUAUCCCUGA